CCCACUCCCACCGCCACAGCCACCCCAACCCGAACCCGCCGGGGUGGGCGCGGGGCAGCGGCGGCACCGGAGCCCGGCUGGCCGGAGCGGCAGGAGGGCUGCAACCCCGCGAGCACAGCGCAGAGGAGGCCGGGGGGUGACAUGGCCAGUGUCCUCCUGGAGAGCAUCUUCCUGAAGCGCUCACAGCAGAAAAAGAAAACUUCUCCCCUCAACUUCAAGAAGCGCCUGUUCCUGCUGACAGAGAGCAAGCUGUCCUACUACGAAUAUGACUUUGAGCGGGGGCGCCGGGGCAGUAAGAAGGGCUCUGUGGACAUUGAGAAGAUUACCUGUGUGGAGAUGGUGGCACCUGAGAACAACCCUCCCCCCGAGCGGCAGGUCCCGAGGAAAGGAGAGGAUUACAACAACAUGGAGCAGAUCUCAAUCAUUGAACGGUUCCCAUACCCCUUCCAGGUGGUCUAUGACGAAGGGCCCCUCUACAUCUUCUCCCCGACGGAGGAGCUGCGCAAGCGCUGGAUCCAUCAGCUGAAGAGCGUGAUUCGGUACAACAGCGACCUGGUUCAGAAGUAUCACCCCUGCUUCUGGAUCGAUGGCCAGUACCUGUGCUGCUCCCAGACUGCCAAGAAUGCCAUGGGCUGCCAAAUUCUGGAGAGCAGGAAUGGCAGUUUGAAAACUGGGCGGUCGCAUCGCAAGACAAAGAAGCCUCUUCCCCCAACUCCUGAGGAGGACCAGAUGGUGAUGAAGCCUCUGCCUCGCGAGCCGGCCCCCAGCACAGCGGGUGAGAUGAAGAAGGUGGUGGCCCUCUACAACUACCAGCCGAUGAACGCGCAGGACCUGCAGCUGCAGAAGGGCGAGGAGUACUUCAUCCUGGAGGAGAGCCACCUGCCCUGGUGGAAAGCCCUUGACAAGAACGGGAGGGAAGGAUACAUCCCCAGCAACUAUGUCACUGAAACCAGCAAUUCCCUGGAAAUCUUUGAGUGGUACUCAAAGAAUAUCACUCGGAGUCAAGCAGAGCAACUGCUGAAACAGGAGGGUAAGGAAGGGGGCUUCAUCGUCCGAGACUCCACCAGCAAGACAGGGAAAUACACUGUCUCCGUCUACGCCAAGUCCUCUGUAGACCCCCAGGGUACGAUCCGCCACUACGUCGUGUGCUGCACCCCCCAGAACCAGUAUUACCUGGCAGAAAAGCACCUGUUCAACAGCAUCCCAGAGCUCAUCACGUACCACCAGCACAACUCUGCAGGGCUCAUAUCCAGACUGAAGUACCCCGUGUCCCAGCACCAGAAAAGUGCUCCUUCUACAGCUGGCCUUGGCUAUGGGUCAUGGGAGAUCGACCCCAAGGAUCUGACCUUCCUGAAGGAACUCGGCACGGGGCAGUUUGGAGUGGUGAAGUACGGGAAGUGGAGGGGCCAGUACGACGUCGCCAUCAAGAUGAUCAGGGAGGGCUCCAUGUCAGAGGAUGAGUUUAUCGACGAAGCCAAAGUCAUGAUGAACCUGUCUCAUGAGAAGCUGGUGCAGCUUUAUGGGGUUUGCACUAAGCAGCGUCCCAUCUUCAUCAUAACGGAGUACAUGGCCAACGGCUGCCUCCUGAACUUCCUGAGGGAAACUCGGCAGCGGUUCCAGCCUGCCGAGCUGCUGGAGAUGUGCAAGGAUGUCUGUGAAGCUAUGGAGUACCUGGAAUCCAAGCAGUUCCUGCACCGAGACCUGGCUGCUCGAAACUGUUUGGUGAAUGACCAAGGAAUUGUGAAAGUAUCAGAUUUUGGUCUUUCCAGGUACGUUCUAGAUGACGAGUAUACCAGCUCUAUGGGGUCCAAGUUUCCAGUGCGGUGGUCUCCUCCUGAGGUGCUUCUGUACAGCAAGUUCAGCAGCAAGUCUGACGUCUGGUCCUUUGGCGUUCUGAUGUGGGAAGUUUACUCCCUGGGGAAGAUGCCUUACGAGAGGUUUAACAACAGCGAGACAACAGAGCACGUCAUCCAAGGCCUGCGCCUGUACCGGCCGCAGGCGGCCUCGGAGCGGGUCUACGCCAUCAUGUACAGCUGCUGGCACGAGAAGGCUGAGGAGCGCCCCACCUUCACCGCGCUGCUGGGCAGCAUCCUGGACAUCGCUGAUGAGGAGUGCUGA